AUGUUUUCGCUGGAACUCCGCAUCAGCGACGAGCUCGUCGGGCGCGUGGCCGUCGCCGUCAGCACCGAUGGCCUCGUCUUCCAGCAUAAGCGCAAGUCGAUGCGCCUUCCCGCUGAGAACAUGGUCUCGUUGACGCGUGACGGUGACGCCGUGGUCAUUGCGACCACGCUCGCCCAGCGCGACCCGCUCCUCUUCCACUGCAGCGAGAUUCUCGCGCACGAGAAGUUCUUUUUGACGCUACAGACGCAGCUGCCAGCGAUUCCGUUUGAGCGCCGCCGGGCCAGCACGGCGCUCGAGCGUCGGUUGGCCAAGAAGCGCACGGCCACGGACGCCUCGUCGUUCUACGGCCCGACGCAGGCGCCACUUACCGCGCAGCUCGGCGAUGCAUUCGGGCGAGAGCUCGAGUACCGGAUCGAGCACUCGAUGCAGUGCCAGAUCGACGGCAUCGCGCGGCCCUACAUGGCGUUCGCCUUGCAGCAGCCUGCGAUGUCCUUUCUCGCCGCCUGCCGCGCCAAGCACCCCACCACGACCGCGCGACUCUACUCGUACGAGACCCCGGGAAGCCGCCGGUUCCUCGUGGCCGACGCCGCGCUCUUUUGCGAAAAGUACUUGGCGACGGCGCCGCAUCACCGCCACGUGUACGAAAUCAUCCAAGAAAACCACCCGUGUCGUCUCUAUUUCGACCUUGAAUUUACAAAGGCGUACAACCCGACGGUGACGGCGCCAGAUACGCUCCUCGAAUCGUUAUUUCGGCUUUUGGCCCUUGCCUUUUAUCGAGACUAUGGUGUGCGGCUCGAUCGCAGUGCGAUAAUAGACUUGGCGUCGUCGUCGGACGCCAAGUUUAGCCGCCAUUGGGUCGUCGCGCCGACAGACGAAUCGUGCAAACAUGUGCUCUUUGAAAAUAACAUUCACGCUGGCCACUUUAUCAAGCGCUUGCUCGAAACGUACCUCUCGGACGAGUCCCACCCGUUCUAUGUGGUGAAAAAGGACGGCACCAAGCAGCUCUUUAUCGACACGGGGGUCUACACCCGGAACCGCGCGUUCCGCCUCUGGCUCUCGUCCAAGUUCGGCUCGGACCGCGUGCUCACGCGCGGCGAAGAGGCUGGCGAGAUGCCCGACGCCGCAUUUCUCGAAGCUUCGUACAUUUGUCCGACAGUUGCCGUCGGCGCACGCCUGCUCCAGUGCGAUCCGCCAACGACGAGCCGCCACACGGGGCGAGGCAGCUUCGCCCGCGCGAAAAGCGCGGUGCCGUCCGAGUACAAGUACGGACCAUCGCCGUGGCCCGCGCUCGACGCGUUCGUUCGAGGCCAAGCCACGACCGGCGGCGUCCAAGGUGAGAUUCGAUCCUGGCAAAUGCACCCCGACUACCCCCAGCGCAUCACCUACCACAUGGACCGGAACCGGUUCUGCGCGCGGAUUGGCCGGCCGCACAAGAGCAAUAAUGUCAUGUUUCUGGUGGACCGCACCGGUGGUGUUUACCACCAAAAGUGCCACGACCCCGACUGCGCCGGCUUCCGGUCGACGGCACUGGCGCUGCCCGACGCGCUACGUCAUCGUGUGGAACGACUCGGCGAACGAGAGGAUGCUUGA